GGAGUGAACAUUCCAGGACACCCUUAAAAGCGUCCCGGUCCGCGAACGGAGCGCAUCAAGACGAAAGUUUCCAAAAGUUUCCAGAGGCUGACGGAUAACUGCUCAGGACGAUACACGCGUUUCAUCGUUGAUCCAAAGAAGAAUCCACACAGAGAAAAAUGCCAGGUGAGCGCUUGACAGUAAGAACCACGUCAGAGAUUGGGCGGUUCCCCGGAGCAGCCCCACCCACGAGGGUCGAACUGACCAUUCAGAGGGAGGAGGAGACGAAGCAGGAGAAGGGAGGCUGUUUUCGGUGGCUCAGAAAGAUGUGCCCGUGCUGCUGUAAGCGCCAAAGCAGCACCUCCUAUGAUGUUACGGAUAAAGUGGAAUUGACCAAACUCCCAACCCCUGCCGCGGUUGUAGAGCCCCCCAAGCCAAAGCCUGAGAACGGAGAAGCAAAGGAAACAGAUGAAGUGACGCUGUCAGUGUGUUCGGUGGACCUCCUGAGUUCCAAGACGGGUCAGAACAGAAAGGAGCAUCACACUGACCUCUAUUAUGGAGACGAGCUGAUCAUUCGCAGAGGGCAGACCUUCCAGGUGGAGCUGGAGCUCAGCAGGCCCUUCAGUGCUGACACUGACAAGCUGCACCUGGAGCUGAAAACAGGUUCCUUGCCCUUGGUUUCCAAAGGGACCCAUGUCGUCAUUCCACUGGUGGAGCACCUGGAAGACGAACGUUGGGAGGCCAAAAUUGUAGAGCGGAAUGGCAAUAAGAUCAAGCUGUCCGUCAACUCUCCAGCCAACGCUGUGAUCGGCCUUUACGGGCUCUCUGUGACAAUUUCCUCCCUGAAAGGCGAGGCCACAGCUACUCACACCUCCGACAAGAACAUCGUCAUGCUCUUCAACCCUUGGUGUGAAGAGGACACAGUGUUCCUGGAUGAUGAGGAGGAGAGGAAGGAGUAUGUGCUGAAUGACACUGGGAGGAUUUACUAUGGCACAGAGAAACAAAUCGGUGCUCGCACAUGGAACUUUGGGCAGUUUCAUGAGGGAAUCCUGGAAGCCUGUCUGUUUAUCCUGGAGAAGAGUGACAUGCCGCCAUCUGGUCGAGGGGAUUCUGUCAACGUGGUCAGGGUCAUAUCUGCCAUGAUAAAUGCUCAGGAUGACUUUGGCGUUCUGGUUGGGAACUGGUCAGGAGAUUACUCUGACGGAGUCUCCCCUACGGCGUGGAGCAGCAGCGUGGAGAUCCUGAGGAAAUACCACUCCACCGAUGGAACGCCUGUGUCAUAUGGACAGUGCUGGGUCUUCUCUGGGGUCACUACAACAGUGCUGCGCUGCCUUGGCAUUCCUGCCCGCAGUGUGACCAACUUCCAGUCUGCCCAUGAUACUGAUGUAUCCCUCACCACAGAUGUGUAUCUUGAUGAGAAUUUGGAACCAAUCAACCACCUCAAUUCGGACUCUGUCUGGAAUUUCCACGUAUGGAAUGACUGCUGGAUGGCCAGACCGGACUUGCCUCCAGGUAACGGAGGCUGGCAGGCCAUCGACGCCACUCCUCAGGAGACUAGCCAGGGCACCUUCCGCUGCGGCCCUGCCUCUGUCAACGCCAUUCGCUCCGGCCAGGUCUACCUUAAACAUGACACACCGUUUGUUUUUGCUGAGGUCAACAGUGACAAAAUCUACUGGCAGAAGAACCUGGACGGUACAUUUAGCCAAAUCUACAGUGAGAAGAAAGCUGUCGGCCACUGCAUCAGCACCAAAGCAGUGGGCUCUGAUAAGCGGGAAGAUAUCACACACUUGUACAAACAUGAAGAAGGUUCAGAAGAGGAACGCAUUGCAGUAGAGACUGCCAGUCGCUAUGGCAGCAAGCCUGAUACCUACUCCACAGCAAUGGCUGAAGAUGUGUCAGUGGAGGUAAAGAUGGAUGGCAAGGGGCCCAAGUUGGGUUCUGACGCCCAGUUGAAGAUUGUAGUGAAGAAUCUAAGCUCAGAGCCCCGCCGGGCAACACUCCACAGCCAGGUGGCCGUCAUGUACUACACUGGUGUUCUGAAGGGCACCAUCAAGAAGGACCAGAUGCCUGUGGAGCUUCUGGCUAAUGAAGAGAAAACCAUUGAGUGGGUCCUGCCAUACCAACAAUACCAGAGCCAGCUGGUGGAUCAAGCAGCCCUGAUGCUAACCUUAUCUGGAAGAGUCAUUGAAACGAUGCAAGUGCUAGCUAACCAGACAACUUUCAGGCUUCGUACGCCAGACAUCACCAUCACACCUAUUGGAGAAGCUGUGGUCGGUAAGGAGAUGACUGCCAAGAUUACAUUCACCAACCCCCUGACACAGACACUGAAGGGAGUGGUGUUCAGAGUGGAGGGCCUGGGCCUUCAGAUGGGCCACGAGGUGAUCAUAGGUGACGUUGGCGGCCACGCCACAGUGACUCUGACAGAGCACUUCAUCCCCUCCCAACCAGGACCCAGGAAGCUGGUGGCGUCUCUCGACUGUAAACAGCUCUCACAAGUGCAUGGAGUGGCUGACAUUGUUGUUCUUGAACAAUAAAAGGCACUACAUAGUUCUCUUACAAGACUUGUUUCUUAUAAACUAUAAGUGCCACUGAUAUUUAUAAAGUUAGUUGAUAUUAUAAAAAGGGUUCCUAUAUUGUGAACUGCACUUUUUAUUUUUUACUGCAUAAUGUUUGUAAUUUUUGGUAUUCUAAAACUACGAAUAGACAAUUUAUUGUAGCAUUAUCAGUAUUACUGCUAUUUUUACACUUUAAAUAAUAGAAAUUCAGACCUCUGUUUUCAAGUAGAUGCGCAGCAAACAAAGUGCUUUAACCAACAAGCACAAGUAUGAUCUAAAAAAUAAAACUAGUAAACUUCAAGACACUGAACAAAAAGUCAGGACACUUAAGUGUAAAUACUGUAUAUGCAGCUUGUCAUAAUGUGAAAAGUAUUGUUAGACAAAAUGAACCUCAUGUAGCUUAUAUGAAGGACAGGGACUGUGAAGUGUUUGGAAAGGGAAUGAUGUUGACAUUGGCAAAUGUAACAUUUAAAUGAACUUUUCAAUACCAAUUUAGCAAAUAGAAAAAUGUAUGAGCGAGGACAUGGCUUAAAACUUAUUUUAAUUAUCACAUGAAAUGAAAAUUCCUCUUGUUUUUAAAAAAACUGAAAUAUCCACACAUCUGAAGAGAGACCACCGCGGCCUUAAUUCAGCUACUUCAGCUUCUUUUUGUCUCUUUUACUUCUGUGCUAAAAGAUUAAUGUGAAAGAAACUAUUUAAUACCAUUAAACUAUUUAUCUGCCUUAUCUACAUUGAAUGUUUUUUUUGUAUCAUGUUUGUUUGUGUCUUUAAUAAAACUGACACUGAAAUGAU